UCACAUGGUAUAGUCAUAGUGUAAAAACAAAAAUGGCGUCCAAAUCUAAAAGCAAGACUAAAGUCCAGCCCAAAGAACUCAAAGAAGAGGGCCAGAAUGACGAGAAUAAAUUCUCUGAUGACGGAACUAGAUCAUUCUUUUGGAGAGCUCACACUGUUACAGUACUGGUACUCAUUACUAGCGUCCUCCUGUACAUAUCCCUCUAUGAUGUACCUGGAGACACGCUCCACAAUGUUAGGAGAGGCUCAUUAGCAGUGAUACUGGUAUUCAUACUCAUUGGGGUUAUACACAUGCCUGAUGGGCCUUUCAUCAGACCUCACCCAGCCCUGUGGCGGUUUGUCCUAGUGAUUGUAAUUGUAUAUGUUCUAUUGCUCAUCUUCACUCUUUUCCAAACUGCUGAUGAUGCACGAUAUUUCCUAACAUUUUACGACCCAGAUCUAGGCGUUCCCCUACCCGAGAGAACUUAUGCCGAAGACUGUCGUAUCUAUACUCCUGACCACCCUGAUGGGAUGUUUGCUCAUUUUAUGGAUAAGAUGGACGUGUUUGUCUUAUGUCAUUUGCUUGGUUGGUAUGUGAAGGCUCUUAUAGUAAGAGAUGUCUGGCUUCUCAAUAUUGUUAGUAUAGCAUUUGAACUGUUGGAGUAUACUCUGGAAUGUCAGCUACCAAACUUUGGUGAAUGCUGGUGGGAUCACUGGAUCUUAGAUUUUGCCGUUUGCAAUGGCUUGGGUAUAUAUCUAGGAGUACUCACAUGCAAAUACUUAGCCAUGAAGAACUAUCACUGGAGGGGGCUAUUCAAGAUACCUAGUUUAAAGGGGAAGAUCAAGAGAGCUGUAGGUCAGUUCACUCCUUAUAACUGGGAGCAGUUCAGUUGGGGAUACACCACCAGUUUCACUCGAUUUGUAUUCGUUGUCAUUUUAACAAUAUUUUUUCUCCUGCAAGAACUGAAUGUCUUCUACCUUAAGACUAUACUCUGGGUUCCACCUAAUCACUCCCUUAAUCUCAUUAGGGAAGUUAUAUAUGCUUUCAGUGGAGCUUGUGCCCUCCAUGAGAUGUACCAUUUCCUUGAGUCCAAUGAUGCAAGUGUAAAUCGUAUCGGUCGUUUCUCAUGGCUAGUGUUUACUGCACUAAUAGUAGAGACACUGAUUGUAAUCAAGUUUGGUUGGGAGAUUAUUACCAUUCCCAUACCUAAAGCUGCUGUGAUUGGAUGGUCUGCUUUCUUUGUGUGCCUUUCAAUCUGGGCCUUCUGGAAGUUCACUUAUCCUUUGAAAGAGUGGCCUAUCAUUGGCCAUAUGCUUCAAUCAAGUAAAGACAACAAAAAGAAAGACUAAAUUGAAGCGUACGACCAUUAUUUGUUGCUUAAUUGAUUCUGAUUUACUGUCGCUAUAAUUAUUUUAGAUUUUGCAAUUAUUAAUGUCAUUGUUGUUAUUUGGUUUGGUUCUAACAACGCCUUUUUACUGUUAUUAAUUUAUUAUAGACUUUAUUUAGAAUAACACAGACAAGACUGUUUACAUUGUACACUC